AGAUUUCCGAUGAGAACCGAAGUCGAUAGCACGCAUGCGGCCUAGACUUGAUUUUUUUGGCGGGCAACCAGAGGGGGAUCAUUGCUACACACUGAAAGUGGUGUUGGAUUCUACUUCUGAUCGUCCUACAAAGGAUGGGAAAGAAGAAGAUGAAGAAAUCCGGAACUGAGAUGGAGGAAGAAGAGGAGCCUGAAGAGUAUGUUGUGGAGGAGGUCCGUGAUCGGCGUAUUCGUGGUGGCAAGGUGGAGUUCCUUCUGAAGUGGAAGGGGUACUCAGAGAUCGAAAAUACCUGGGAGCCAGAGGAAAACCUGGACUGUCCUGACCUGAUUGCUGAGUUCAUGAGGAAGUACAACCAGAAUAAGGCGGCAAAAACAGAAGAAAAGAAGAGAAAAUCCACAACCACCGUGAACGGCACAGAAGAGUCAAAAAGGAAAAGGAAGGCAGAAGAGGAUGAUGAGGACAAACCACGCGGCUUUGACAGAGGUCUUGAGCCAGAGAGAAUUAUCGGAGCUACAGAUUCCAGUGGAGAGCUCAUGUUCCUCAUGAAGUGGAAGGGGAGCGAGGAGGCAGACCUGGUUCCGGCGCGGAUAGCCAACGUAAAAUGCCCGCAGAUCGUCAUCCAGUUCUACGAGGAGAGGCUGACCUGGCAUUCCUACCCCAGUGAAGAGAACCAGAACGACUCGGGCAGCACUUCAGAGACUACAAACGAAGUCUGAUGGCAGCCCAUUUUCCAGAGCUAUUUUUUUCCUUUCAUAUCGUUAUCGAAAGUACUUUCUGGAUAGGAUAAGAAGAAGAUGUUCUCGCACCAAGGAGCAUAUUCUUCUGUAGUGAUACUCUUAACAAGUCGGUCGAUGUAACUUACACUGAUAGAAAUGCAU